AUGGAUCAAUCAGAAAGAGGAGCGCUGAACAAGAUCAAAGUGACAGAGCUGGAAACUAAUGAAGGGGGAAGCUUCUUCCGGGGGAUUGGGGGAACAACGGAAUGCUACAACCACGUGCGCGACAUGUACAAGAAAACAUUGUGUGAUCAAUCCCAUGCCAAAGCUGACCACAACAUAAUCGUAUACAGAUUUCAAGAUUCAAAUGGACAGAUUCAUGAGGGAUAUAACGAUGAUGGCGAAAUUGGCGCAGGACGUAGAUUAGUGAAAGCGAUGCAGAACUUACAAAUCAAAAACAUGACAGUUGUUAUCUCGCGAUUUCAAGCGAAGCACAUCGGUAGUCGUCGAUUUGAAAUCUUGGAAAAUCUGCUGACUGACGUGGUUCUCCGACAUACCAGUUAG